AUGUCGCUCCCGCAUCGGCUGAGCUCCGCGCUCUUCCCAGCUACAUCAGUCUACGCAGACCUCGACAAUUCGCCCGACCCUUUUCCCGACGAGCCAGUCGACACCCGCUCCUCGUCCUCAUCAGCCGACACUCGACCAGGUCAUCACGACGGCUUGCUCGCACCCGACGGCUCGAGACUGGUGGACGACGACCCCUUCUCGGCUGUGACCCCUUCGGUGCUCAGUCCUGCCUCUGCGCGCAGUCGUGACGCCCAGUUGCACCCGCCGCCCCACCUUGAUCAGCGAGGGGGACAGCAGGACUACGAGGGCGCUGGAGCAGGUGGAACGCACGUGCAGGAGACAGACGAACGGGAUCCAUUUGCGAUGGACCAGACGGCACCCUCUCCCAAGCUCGACGACUCACGCUCCCUCUCCCCGACUCCGACUGGCUCCCUCUAUCUUCCCGCCCAAGGAUCGCCACAGCAACAUCCGCAUUCUCCGCCGUUCCCUGCACCUUCGGUAGCAUCGGUGGCGAGCUCGAGCAGGACCAGGGCGAGUUCAGGAGCGGGAGGGAGCAAGAGCGCGAUAGGGAAUCGCAGCUUGAUGGGCUUGCUCGGCGGGACGCGCUACGAAGGCGGAGGAUUCCCGUUCGGAGGGAUUGGCGUAGGCGAGGUUGAGGAAGAGGACGAGGAGGAGGACGAGGAGGAGCGGGUUGGGAUGCGGCACGAGGAGCAGGGACUACGGACCCCUCGGAAAGAAGACUUGCACGACAUCGCCGCGUCGCUUCCGCCUCCACCGUCCGCCCUUUCCAGCUCAUCGCGAGACGACGAGGAGGAAGACGACGAAGCUCCUCCCGACUUUACCUCUCGCAUUCCUCUGAUGACGUCUGCAGUUGCACGAUCACGCCCGAAUCCACUUCAGAAAGCACGACGAGCCGUGUCCCCCUCGACCGCCUCGUCUUCCUCACAUCGAACCCGGCGAGGCGCACCAGUCGGCGGCAUCCUCGGUUCGGCGCACAUCAGGCGCUCGCUCGCCGGCAUGAACGCGAAGGAGCGGGCGCUGUGGCGAUGGGUCAACGUCACGGACCUCGACGCGUUUUUGCAGCAGGUGUAUCUUUACUACGUCGGCAAGGGGAUAUGGGCGAUCGGGCUCGAGCGGACGCUGAACCUCUUAACCGUCGGCUGGGUGAUCGGCUUUUCGACCUUCCUCGUCGGCUGCAUCGACUACCCGCGCCUGUGGGACUCGCACAGGCUGUCCGAGGUCGUCAUCCCCCGAUGCACGAGUCGCAUGUCCGGCUUCACCCUGCUCCUCUUUAUCGCGUUCGCCGCAUUCUACGCCUGGCGAGUUGUAAGGUUUGGGAUGGGCGUGCGACGAUUGUGGGACAUGCACGAGUUCUACACGGAAUUGCUCGAGGUGCCCGAGAGCGACAUUCAGACGAUCCCUUGGCAUGCCAUUGUCGCCCGUCUUUCAGCACUCCGCGCCUCCCACCCUUCCGCCCUCUCCUCCCGCGCCCACUCGUCCGAUCCAGCUCGCCCAGCAGAACGCCUCGACGCGCACGACGUCGCAAACCGCAUCAUGCGCGAAGAGAACUACCUCAUCGCUCUCUUCAACAAGUCGCUCCUCGAUAUCUCGCUUCCGCUGCCACAGCCCGUCGCGAAGGUCGUCGGCAAGAAGCGGUUCGGGAAGAGCAUGCUCACGCAGACGCUCGAGUGGAACUUGAGCUUCUGUCUGCUUGGCUUCUUGUUUGGGCGGGAUGGGCAGGUUAGGCGGGCGUUCUUGAGUGAGCGGAACAAGAAGGAGCUCGUCGAAGCGCUGCGACGACGCUUCAUCCUCAUGGGGCUCAUCAAUGCCGUGUUUGCGCCGUUCAUCGUCCUCUACUUGCUCAUGUACUCGUUCUUUCGCUACUUCGAGGAGUACCAUAAGAACCCCUCGUCAAUCGGCUCGCGACAAUUCACGCCGCUCGCACGCUGGAAGUUCCGCGAGUUCAACGAGCUCCCGCACCACUUCCAGCAGCGCCUCGCCCUCGCCCACCCGCUCGCCGACCAGUACAUCAACCACUACCCGAAAGCGAAGACGGUUCUCCUCUCCCGCUUCGUCGCCUUCCUCGCCGGCUCGUUCGCAGCAGUCCUCAUCCUCUUCUCCCUCAUCGACCCCGACGCGUUCCUUCACUUUGAGAUCACGCCCGGCCGAACCGUCCUCUUCUACAUCGGCGUCUUCGGAACGAUCCUUGCAGUCGCGAGGGGCAUGUUGCCGGAUGAGAAUCGCGUCGUCGACCCUGAAGAGCUCAUGCGGAACAUCGUCGAGCACACGCACUACCUUCCGAAGGAGUGGAAGGACAAGCUCCAUUCCGCCGAGGUCCACGUCGCCUUUGGCAAGCUCUUCCAGAUGAAGGUCUCGCUCUUCCUGCAGGAGCUCUUCUCGGUCCUCAUCACGCCUCUCGUCCUGUGGUACUCGCUGCCUAAGUGCGCAGGACCGGUCGUCGACUUCUUCAGGGAGUUUACGGUGCAUGUCGAUGGGCUGGGCUACGUCUGCAGUUUCGCGGUCUUCGACUUCAAGCGCCACGGCGACCCGAGUUUCGGCGCGCCCGUGCAGGUUCAGGACGCGAGGUGGAAGUCUGCGGAGGGCAAGAUGGAGCAGAGCUUCCUCACCUUUGCCGCCUCCAACCCGGCUUGGGUCCCGCGAGACCAGGCUCAGUCGCUCUUCCUGAGCAAGAUGACCGAGACGCCUCCCAUCGCCGGCCCGGCCCAUCCGCAUCCAGCUUCGUCGACAGCGCUUCACUCGUCGCUGCAUCUCUCGACCGCCUACCCACGGUCGCGCAACCACUCGGCCUUCCCUCACUCUCGCCAGCACUCGUCUCGACUUGCCGGCUCGCCUUUCACGCUGCCUGAAGAAGACGCAGUCGAUGGGCCCGUGCAGCCCCACCCCUCGACAGGCGGGCAGGCGCAGCGGCGAGCGGAAAAGGCGAGGAUGUACGAUCGCGCAUUCCAGCAAAGCGCGCUCCUGAAUUCGGCGUCGACAACCGGUGGACCGCGCUCUGCGAUGUCCCCGCCUCGUCGUGGGCAAGGCAUGGCGAGUCGAGCGGGCCACGACGCGGUCAUCCAGGAAGAGUCGGCGCUCGACGGAGAAGGCCCGUUCGUCGCGCCGAGCGAUGCGCAGCCUUUCGGCCUGCCCAGCGACGACGAGGACGACGUCGAGGGAAGGCAUGGCGUGGCGGAAGGAGGCGGUCGAAGCGGAGAGACGGAGGUCGAGCGGUUGAAGCGGAAAGGAUUGGGCGGGCUCGUCGGCGAGUUGUACCGGCGGUGA